AAAAAAAAAAAAGAAAUGUGGCAGCGUCCAGCUCUUGCACUUCUCUAUUUGGCGAUAGUUGUCGUUGUGACAUGGAUGGUGGAAAUGGUGUUUUGGUGGGAUGCUGGAUACACAUCAUACCAGAUUGUAAAUCCACUAAGAAAUUUAUCAGUAUCACAGUUACGCAGUCUGCUUGAAAUUCGAGGCAUCCAGCACACCGCACUCUUAGAGAAAUCAGAAAUUGUAAACCUUCUGCAACAGUCAGGCCCAGUCCAGUAUGGAGAACUUUUAGAGAAAAAAGAGGAUACUAAGAAACAGGCUCCAAUGUUAUCAGGGAAAGAUGACUAUCAUGAACAAGUUUAUGAAGAGAAUGAGUCUUUAUGGCUUGUUGAGGUAGUUCCUGGAGAGGGUCAGUACACAGGCCACCGUCUUCUGGAUGACCGUUCUUGGCGUAUCCUGGCACCCAAGCUGCAGGCUCUCCAGAUCAGCAGUGCCGUCAUCAGCUGCCAGUUUGAUCGUAGAUUCUGUGCACGGCAAGGCUGGAGUCACCCACAACUGGUACUGGUGCUGCCACCAAGGAAACAGGGAAACAUGCAGAGUAGUUGGAUCAAUGGCCAGACAGCAGGAAGAGACAUUGUUUUAGCAUCAACAACACAUCUCACUGCUGCUUCAGUUCUUUCAUGGCUUCAUAGCCAAAUACAGUCAAGAAUUCAAGUUGUUAAUUGCUUGACACAGCUUGAAGAAAUUUGGUUCAAUACCACAGCUGUCAGUAAAGAAAAGAUUCCACGUGUGGUUUAUAUCUCUGAGUUGUUGAACCCACCAUUAUUGAUAGCAACUCUUGGUCUCCGACUGUCAACUCAGGAACAAGUAAGUGUUUUUCUUUCUUUUCUUCUUUUAAUUAUUAUUUGAUUCUCUCAUAUUUUCCAGGUUUCCCAGUUGCUUAAAAGGACAGGACUGACUGGAAUACCAAAUAUAGCUGUUGUCACAGCAGAAGGAGUAACUUCUUAUGGCAAGCAGAAGGGAGAGUCGCUCACAAACACUGCCCUUGAUUCCUACAUGUGUACUCUACAGCCUCAAAUGAAUGAUGUCUUUUUAGUAUCACUUGUGCUGGCCAAUGCCUUAGCAGUUGCUGAUAUAUUUAAUGUGUUUGAUGUCCGGGUGAGAGCAUGGAAACAUGCCAUUCGCACUCUGAUACGAAUGCUUGUAUACAACAUAUUUGUUUUUGUUGUUUGGCUUGCUUUCACUGCAAUUCUCAAGUUUCCAUUAGCUAAUAUUUUUCUUGAAUCUGGGUUAUGGUUGAUCUCCUAUUUAAACUCUACUUGGCUUUUUGCUCAGCUAAGAUACCAUUGGCUUAUGAUCGCAAGGCAUCCCAUCAUAUUUUGGAUGUCAGCGAACAUUUUUGGCAUCAUCGUCAUCUUGAGGAGGGUCAUCUCAAGAAGGGAAAGUGAACCGGCUGAUAUGGAUUCCAAUUGGUGGUCAAUAUUCUCAAUGGAUUCCUAUUUGGUUGACGUUCUUUUCCGUCCCAUGGCAUCACUGUCUCGCCCAAGGCCAUCUCAGGAUUUAGGUCUGGAGGGCAUGGAGCUCCUCAUAGAGCGAUUAGCCACACCAGACUUGUGGCUACAUCCUGUUAUACCAAAUGAUUAUAUGAAGGAUUUGCCAACAUGGAGGUAUGAUGGGUGGGGCAACGAGGAAGACCUAAAAUCAGAAAGUGAAACGGAUAUUGAUAGCGUCAGUGAUAAUGAAAAUGACAUUCUGCUAGACAUACAUGCCUGUUGUCAAGAUGAAAAUUGUAGGCUAUGUUAGCUUUGGACUACCGUGAAGGAAAUAUAUGUCUGUCAUCGAUGUGCAAUCUUGAAAAGGAAAUUGGAGAGGCAGUACUUGAGGUACAGAAAAAUCAGUGACAGCUGUCUUCAAAACAUUACAUAUGAAAAGUUAUUAAAAGUUUGUGAAAAUUGUUCAAAAACAAAGAAACAAAAUGCAGCACUCAAUUCCCAACAGAGUGAUUCAUUGAAGGAUGUAUGGCUGCUUUCACCUCAGAGUCUGACAGAAUUAAAAUGGACAGCACCAUCAUAUUCAAUAGAAAGUCGGGUAUGUGCAAUAUGCCUAGGAAGAUACCGAUGGUCAGCAGUUUUGUGUGGCCUUCCAUGUGGACACAACUACCACCACUCUUGCAUUACAGAGUGGUUAUUAAAAGAUAACCACCAUUGUCCAACCUGCCGUUGGCCAUCAUAUAAAAAUAAACCAGCUAAUACUACGCAUGAUCAUGAAGAAUAAACAGCAAAUAAAGUGUGAUCUGAUGGAAUAUUCUUGGUAAUAUUUUAUAGUUGAUAUUAUAAGGAUGAUAUUAUUCUAGAACAUAUACAUGAAUUGUCAGUUAUAAAUACCAAGCAUGAUAUUACUACAUUUAUAGGUU